AUGACGAAACACAACUCGAAAGACGAUAUGGCGGUCGAAGAGGCAAUGGGCCUGGCAUACUUUUCGAACGAAUUUCCUCCAGGCGACGUUGCUACCGUUCUUCGAAACAUUCGAUUCCUGGCUCAGGACAGAAGGCAUCCUCUCUUGGAAUCGUUCCUUGCAAAGGCUACCGAAGCGGUUCGGAAAGAGAUCCAGCACCUUCCAGGCGAAUUGAGAAACACAUUUCCAGCUUUUCCCUGCAUCACUUCGCUUUGGGGUGAGCACGAACUCCGCCAAGGAAGCUUGAGUGGCGCGAUAGAUGGCGCUCUCCUUUGUGUUGUUCAGCUCGGGAUCUACAUCAGCACCCUUGAGACAGGAGCAAGCCGUACCCAAGUCGAUAUUCGCCAACAAACGCUGCUUGCUGGUCUAGGCAUUGGGUUGUUGGUUUCCUCCACAGUAGCGUUGUCACCAACGCUCUAUGAUUUGCCAGCUCGUGGCAGUGAAAUCAUUCGGAUUGCCUUCCGUCUAGGGAUAUUCGUCUCUGAUACAUCGAAGCUACUCGAGCCAGUGAAACAAGAUGGCUUCCCAGAUUCAUGGGCGUAUGUCGUCCAUGGCGUUUCGUCAGGCGAUGCACAAAUGGAACUGGACGUCCUGCACGCUCGGAAGAGCACUCCACGAUCAGCUCAAAUAUUCAUUAGCGCCAAAAGCCGUACCUCAGUGACGAUCAGCGGACCACCUGCCCGACUCAAGGCCCUUUUCCGAACAUCUGCGUUUUUCAGAGACCGAAAGCAUGCAGCUUUGCCGGUAUACGCAGGCUUGUGCCAUGCCAGUCAUCUCUACUCAAUGGACGACGCAAAGGCCAUCGUGCACUCCGAAGCACAAUCUCCACUGUGGGUACCAGUUUCCGAAGUCUUAUCUACAAGCACGGGCAAGCCCUUUUCCGCGGCCAAUGGACCUGAGUUGCUGGAGCAGAUUGUGUUUGAAAUUUUGACCAAAGCUAUAGUGUGGGAGAACGUUGUCCAAGGGUUCCUGGAACGAGUCAAGCAUACGACCGUCGCACCAAUCGAGAUCCAGAUAUUCCGAGCAUCACUACCCUCCAACGAGCUUGUACAGACUUUGGAAAAGACGAUUUCACCAUCCAGGAUCAAUUUUGUCGAUAUCGUCGCCAUCUUUGACAGUGAACUAUCACAGCACAACCAUGAGCCCGGCAGGGCAUCUCAAAGUAAAAUUGCUGUCGUUGGAAUGGCAUGUCGAAUGCCUGGUGGCGCAGAUGACACCGAUGCACUCUGGGAGAUUCUCGAACAAGGCUAUGAUUUGCACAAGAAGGUACCUACGGAUCGUUUUGAUGCGGAUUCGCACACCGACACGAGUGGAAUGAACGUGAAUGCUAGCCAUACGCCUUACGGAUGCUUCAUCGAUGAACCAGGGCUCUUUGAUGCAGCGUUCUUCAACAUAUCUCCGAAAGAGGCAGAACAGAUCGAUCCAAUGCAACGGCUCGCGCUUGUUACAGCGUACGAGGCGCUAGAAAGAGCAGGCUAUGUCGCCAGUAGAACAUCUGCUAGCCAUCAAAGUCGAGUGGGAGUUUACUACGGACAAGCGAGUGAUGACUAUCGAGAAGUCAAUACCGCGCAGGAAAUCGGGACGUACUUCAUUCCCGGAGGGUGUCGAGCGUUCGGCCCUGGUCGUAUAAACUACUUCUUCAAGUUCUCCGGCCCGAGCUUCAGCUGCGAUACGGCUUGUUCCUCGAGCUUGGCCACUAUCCAGAUGGCUUGUACCGCACUGUGGAGUGGAGAUGUCGAUACCGUCGUGGCAGGUGGCAUGAAUGUCUUGACCAACUCAGACGCGUUCGCUGGUCUGAGCAAAGGCCAUUUCCUUACGAAGACGCCAAAUGCAUGUAAGACAUGGGAUACAGAAGCUGAUGGCUACUGUCGUGCGGACGCAAUUGGUUCGAUUGUCUUAAAAAGGCUGGAAGACGCGGAACGGGACAAUGACAACAUUCUUGGAGUGAUACUUGGGGCCGCCACGAAUCAUUCCGCACACGCAGUGUCUAUAACUCAUCCGCAUGCUGGACACCAAGCGGAUCUCUACCGUCAAGUUCUCGGCAAAGCUGGCGUUGACCCACUUGAUGUUGAUUACAUCGAGAUGCACGGUACUGGAACGCAAGCUGGAGACUUUGAGGAGAUGAAGUCUGUCUCGGAUGUCUUUGCACCGAGCACUCGAAGACGACAAGCAGAUCGGCCUCUUCAUGUUGGUGCGCUGAAAAGCAAUAUUGGCCAUUCAGAGGCUGCUGCUGGUGUUUCAGCUCUAUUGAAGGUGCUGCUUAUGUUCCAGAAAGGCCAAAUACCGCGACACAUUGGCAUUAAGAACGGGAUGAAUCCACGCUUGCCCAAGGAUAUGGACCGGCGUCACCUACGAAUACCUCUGACUCAAGUCCCGUGGGAGGCCACAAAUGGCCGAAAGCGGACAGCAGUCGUCAACAGCUUCAGUGCAGCUGGCGGAAAUACUACGCUCUUGCUGGAAGAGGGGACAAGGUCGAAGCACUCCGAUCAAGAUCCUCGGCCAUCUCAUGUCAUUACUGUGUCCGCGAAAGGGAAAGCAUCAUUCAAAGGCAAUCUUGAGAGACUACUGCAGUAUCUCACGGCGUACCCCGAGUGCUCGAUCUCCGACCUGGCGUACUCGCUAACAGCUCGCAAGUCACACUACAACUACCGCUUCGCUGUGGAAGUCUCGCACAAGGGAGCGCUGGAGAGUAGUCUGAGAAGUGCGAUAAACUCGGCGGAUACAAAGCGAUCGAUUUCAACCGUGGGACCGCCCGCAAUUGCGUUCGCCUUUACCGGGCAAGGCUCAAUGGAUCCUUCCUCGAACUUGGAAAUGUAUGAGCAUUCUCCAACCUUUCGCUCAGAGAUCGAUCGCUUGGAUGGCAUUGCACAGAGACAAGGCUUCCAGUCUUUCAUCAGCUCUAUCGAUGGAAGUCAUCCAAAGGACUACACGCAUACACCAGUGGUCACCCAUCUCGCAAUACUUUGUGUGGAACUUGCCUUGGCCAGAUACUGGGAGGAUCUAGGCGUUAAGCCGGACUUGGUAAUCGGUCACAGUUUGGGGGAGUACGCGGCGCUCUGCGUAAGCGGUGUGCUUUCAGCCAGCGAUGCUAUCUUCCUCGUAGGAACGAGAGCUCUUAUGCUGGAGGAAAAGUGCACGGUCGGCAGCCAUGCCAUGCUGGCCGUGAAGACGUCGGUGUCUCAGAUCGAAGACUCCGCUGCCGGCCUCCAACUGCAGUACGAGGUUGCCUGCAUCAACGGUCCUGAUGCGACGACAAUAUCUGGAAGCACCGACGACAUCUCAGAAGUGCACAGAGUUCUCAGCGAUAAGGGCUUCCGAUGCGUGCGAUUGGAUGUUGCGUUCGCCUUCCACUCCGCUCAAACAGAUCCCAUACUCGAUAGCUUCGAGCUGGCCGCGCAGGGCGUCGUGUUCAAUAAUCCCAGGCUUCCGGUAUUGUCACCACUGCUAGCAAGGGCCGUCUGCGAUGACAAGAGUAUUAAUGCAGGCUAUCUGCGUCGGGCUACACGAGAAACGUGCAACUUUGCUGGUGCUCUCCAGAAAGCCAAGGCCCAGUCUUUCAUCGACGACGACACUGUCUGGUUGGAGAUCGGUCCUCACACAGUGUGCACCAGCUUCAUUCGAUCAACCAUCCCUAGCACAAAACUCACGAUCGGAUCACUCCGAAGGGGCGAGAAUAACUGGACGAAUAUCUCACGUGCACUCGCGUCGCUUUAUACCGCCGGGAUCAGUAUCCGAUGGUCUGAGUUCCAUCGCUCCUUCGAGGGAUGCUUGCGGUUGUUGGACCUGCCGACUUACAGCUGGAACAACAAGAACUUUUGGAUCCAGUACAAUGGUGAUUGGGCCUUGACUAAGGGAAAUACAUUCUACGACAAGAAGAAGGCCAAUGACACCGUGCAGUCUGUGUCUGUCGCACCAUUCCACACAUCCACUGUCCAACAUCUGAUUGAGCAAUCCGUGGAGGGAACCUCUGCCAAGAUUGUAAUACAGUCAGAUCUGAUGCAACCAGACUUCCUUGCUGCAGCAAAUGGUCACCGCAUGAACAACUGUGGCGUCGUCACUUCAUCAAUCCACGCUGACAUAGCCUACACUCUCGGGAAGUAUCUUCACAGCUUAUUCUAUCCCGACGCUCCAGCUCCUGAUAUGGAUAUCGCGCACCUGGAGGUCACGAAGGGACUUGUUGCCAACAGCAACCCGAACUCGAAGCAGCUGAUACAAGUCGAAGCACGAACAGACGAUAUUCGUUCUCGCAUCGUUCACCUCGCAUGGCACAACGUUGACACCAACGGAGUUCUUGGCGACUCGCCUUUCGCAACCGCGAAAAUCAUUUACUGCAAUGCUCAAGAGUGGUUGGUUUCGUGGCUCCCACUCACACACAUGAUCGAAGGUCGGAUCCAGACCCUAGAACACCUAGCACAAUGUGGUUCCGCGAACCGGCUGUCACGGACAAUGGCAUACGCACUCUUCGCCAACAGUCUUGUCGACUACGAGAACAAGUAUCGAGGCAUGCAGACCGUGGUCAUGAACGAGUUCGAAGCUUUUGCUGAUGUCGAGCUCACGAAGGAGAAGUCUGGAACCUGGACAGUACCUCCGUACUGGAUCGACAGCGUGGCUCACCUUGCAGGAUUCGUCAUGAAUGUUUCGCAUGCUAGCGAUACGGCCAAAACGUACUGUGUCACUCCUGGCUGGCAAUCAAUGCGUUUCGCUCGUCCGCUGGUGGCUGGCGGGAAGUAUCGAUCUUAUGUGAAGAUGAUACCCACCACGGAAGAUCCGACGAUAUAUCUCGGCGAUGUCUACGUGCUACAGGAAGGAGUGGUCGUAGGAAUGGUUGGUGGUAUUCAGUUCCGACGGUUCCCCAGGAUACUACUGAGCCACUUUUUUUCUCCUCCCGACUCCAGUGCCGCAUCAGCCCCGGCUUCUCAAGCGCGAAGGACUUCGGCGAGCACUGUUGCUGGUCAUACUGUCGCUCCCCCGAAAAGUGCUUUGCGGACGAAAUCCAUGGAACCACAACCACCCGGGUCACUAGUCGUGGAUUUGGUCAAGGAGGACGUGCUGCAUUCGCUCACUCCAAACAAAACGACAGAGGUCGUGGAUGCAGUCAACAAGCAAAUCUCGCAAGCGAACAGCACGGCGAUAAAGGCGGUAGCACUUAUUGCUCUUGAAGCGGGUUUGGAGCUCGAAGACCUCCCCGACGAAGCGUCUUUCAGCGACAUUGGAGUUGACAGCUUGCUGAGCUUGGUGGUCUCUGAGAAGUUCAGGCAGCAGUUGGGGAUCCAGGCUGGGAGCAGUCUUUUCCUCGAGUAUCCAACUGUUGGCGCACUGAAGAGUUGGCUGGAGGAAUACUAUGGGUGA